AUGCUGCGCCACACUGCCCGCGCGCUCAGCAAGCGCACCCCUGGCUACGUUUUCUGGCGUCAGAGCUCCCUGACGGAGCUGCAGCACUCGAAGCGCAACUACCUCCUUUCGGAACGUCCGGUCCCGCUGGCGCACAUUGCCCGCCGCAUGGCACGUGUGAAGGCGCGCUACGAGGACACCCGCGACUUCCACGAGCGCAACCUCCUCCGCGGCGAAUACAAGUAUUUUACCGGUAAGCUAUGCGACCUGCGCGCUGCCCCUUCAGGCGACAUGAUCGCGGUGCUGCAGUGCGCUGCCUUGUUUGGUUUCUGGGAUGCCGCGCAGGUGGACCGUAUUCUGGCGGAACUGUUCCUGCUGCUGGAGUCGCUAGACGCGAUGGAGCUGGUGGCUCUCUUCACCUGCAUGCCGCUCCUGCGCCGGCAGGAGAGUGAGUUAUACCGCCGCGUGGCUGCUGGACUCGCCUUGGUCGUGAUGGACCUGACGACGCACGAGUGCCUGCAGGUGUGUCGCGCCUGCACCGCCGAGACGCCCGUUGAGCUGGUAGAGAAGGUGCUGGAGGAGCUGAGCGACCACCUCGACGAACUCACGCCUGCGCAGUGCGUCGAGGUGUUGGACACGUGGAGCGUGGCACCGCAGCAGGUGCGUCUGCGCACGAGGGAUCGCCUGUCGGCUCUUCGCCAACGUGCGCUGGAUCGUGUGGAGGAGCUGAGCUGCAUGGAUGUUGCCGUCCUCUACACGACACUACAUGCGAUGGAGGGCGAGGGUGAACUCGCCGAGUCGCUUCAGCGGCGUCUUGUGCAGGCCUUCACGCGCGACCUGACGCAGACGUGUCCGCGCUCCACCGCUCUCCUCUUCACCGCGGUGCGCCGCUCGCAUGCGCUUUCGCUGGAGGUGACGCAGUGGAUGGCGGGUCGGGUGCUGUUUUUGGCCACCGACUUCACACCGGCGGAGCUGCUCGCUGUCUUUCAGCUGUACGUCGAGCACCUCGUCGCGUUGUGUGCGCUCGCCGCGGACCUGCGCGCUGAAAUGGCUGCUGCGGCCCAGCUGGAGACACCGAACUCUGCGCGCCCCUCUCUUGCGGACGGCGGCAGAGCUGCUAUGGCCGCGUCGCAUAUAGCCCCGUCGGCUGCCUCUUUUCGCACUCAUUCCGCUCCUGCCACUAGGACCACACGCCAGCACAUCUUGGAACGUGAAGCUGCCGCGCAAAACCUCGCUACCUUGAAGCACGUCUGCGAGGGCUUGACAGCGCAGUUGGCCACAACGCUGGAGAGCGCGUCGGCUUACGUGUCCGUCGCUUCGCAGAUGGAAAUCGUCGAGCUCUACGCGAGUGCGGUGGAGCAACUGGAGCUGGGUGCGACGUGCAGCGUGUCAGCGGGCGGUGCUGGCAAGUACGGUGCGCCGAGCUCGUCGUCGUCCGAGGCGGUGGGGCAACUGCUUCGCCUCCUCCCCCAGUCUCGACGGGUGCUGCAGCUCGUCUCCAGCAAACUAAUUGCCAACAUGAAAAGCGCCUCUCUGGCGCUGCUCAUCCAGCUGCUGGAGCAGGCAAACAGCCUCGGCAGCGCCGCGCUGCAGGACGCCGUGGUGGCGGCUGCCGUGCAGGAACUGAUUACUCGUGACAUUACCGGGCUGACGACGGAGGCGGCGCGCGCGCUGGAGCGAAAGCUGAGGUCGCUGACGCACCUGCGUGCGGAGCAUCAGCGACGUCUGUCCACCGCUUUUAUUCCCAAAGUACGCCGAUACAUUUGA